GCAUUAUCUGCCUUCCAGAAGGCAUCAGUUUGAUCACAGCCUUUGAUUAGCUAAAGUUUUUUGUGCUUUAGAGAUUAAGGCUGAUCUAGGAGAGAGCAUGGCUUUUAAGUAUGUGAUACUGCUGGUGGCAGCUGUCGGAGCGGCCAGCCUCCAGGAUCGUAGUCGGGAUCAGUCUCAACAACAGCAACAGCAGCGGCAUCCUGCCGCCGAUUCUCAAGACCAAAGAAGCGACGAUUCGGUGGGAUACGACUUCUCGUACUCGGUCCACGAUCCCAACACCGGAGAUGUCAAAAGCCAGGAGGAAUCUCGCCGAAACGGAAACGUCCGUGGUCGCUACUCGUGGGUUGAUGCCGACGGAAACCGACAGAUUGUGGACUAUCAGGCUGACGAUCGCAACGGAUUCAACUCGGAACAUCGACAGGAACCAGCUGUCAGACCACGACCAAGCCACGUCCUCGUCCCGGCUCCGCUGUACACCAUUGACACCGUGAUCGCUCCGGUUUGGACAUCGGCAACCCGUACAGACAACUCCCGAAGCAGAAGCCGCCAGGACCGCAACCGCAGCGAUCAGGAUCGUGAUCAAGACCGGGACCAGCAAGAUCGCGAUCAGCGAAACCAGCGCGACGGUCAGGACAACGAUCGUGAAAACCAACGCAACGAGCAGGACAACCGCGAAGAUCGUGACAGCCGUGACAACCGUGAUAGCCGUGACAACCGCGACGGCCGCGAUAACCGCGAACAGCGUCGGGAUGAUCAGCGCCGGGAUGAGCAACAGCAGCGCCAGCGUGGUCGUGACGAGCGAAGCCGUGGACGUGACUCGCAUGCCCAGUCCGAGGUGCGAUUCCAAGCUGCCGAUGUUGCGUACCAGUACAGCAACUAAACCCAAAACUGCAACGACAAAACAGCUGCCAACCAAAACCCCCCCCGUAGACCGAUCCCACGCAAUGGAAGCAACCCGUUCAACGCUCUCUUAUGAUGUAUAGUCUGCAACGCAAUAAAAGCCCACCCUGAACACGAAACCAAA